AUGCCCAUUUCGGACGGCCCCACGACUUCUGCAAAGAGCAUUCGCAGAGCUGCGUCCGAGCUCGUCAGAUCGGAAUCUGUUACGUCUACAAGGUUCGUCGGGAGGCGACAGAGCUUGAUAGAGGAUGCAAGGAAAGAACGGGAGGCUGCUGCCGCAGCGGCUGAGACGUCGGACGCGACUGAGCGGAUUGUCUUCGAGGAGGAAGAUGGGAAAGCCUUGCUUAACCUUUUCUUCACUUUAAGGGCUUCCACGAGCCCAGCGCUGUCACGUGCGCUCAAAGUCUUCGAGACCUUUGAGGCAAAGAUCCAUCACCUGGAGACAAGACCGAGCCGGAAGCCCAGCGGCAGUCUCGAGGACCUUGACUACUUAGUGCGCUGCGAGGUACACCUGUCAGAUGUCAGCACACUCAUCAGCUCCGUGAAGAGGAUUGCGGGAGACGUCAGAACUACCAAAGAGGUUAAAUUUCACUGGUUCCCAACGAAAAUCACUGAACUGGACAAGUGCCAUCAUUUGGUCACAAAAUUUGACCCAGACUUGGACCAGGAUCACCCGGGAUUUACAGACCCCGUCUACAGGCAACGGAGGAAAAUGAUUGGAGACAUUGCGUUCAGAUACAAACAUGGUGAUCCUAUCCCCAGGGUGGACUAUACAGAGGAGGAAAUUGGUACAUGGAGGGAGGUAUACAGCACACUUAGAGAGCUCUACACAACCCAUGCUUGCAGUGAGCACCUGGAAGCGUUCCGUCUGCUGGAGAGACACUGUGGCUACAGCCCAGACAAUAUCCCACAGUUGGAGGAUGUGUCUCGCUUCCUCAAAGAACGUACUGGGUUCCAGCUGCGGCCAGUGGCAGGUCUUCUCUCAGCCAGGGACUUCCUGGCCAGCCUGGCCUUCCGUGUUUUCCAGUGCACGCAGUACAUUCGCCAUGCGUCUUCGCCCAUGCACUCCCCUGAACCGGACUGUGUUCACGAACUCCUGGGCCAUGUCCCCAUACUGGCUGAUAGAACAUUUGCCCAUUUCUCUCAGAACAUUGGCCUUGCAUCUUUGGGAGCUUCAGAUGAGGACAUAGAGAAACUGUCGACGCUCUACUGGUUCACCGUGGAGUUUGGGCUCUGCAAACAGGGGGGUGAGGUAAAGGCCUAUGGGGCAGGACUCCUCUCCUCCUAUGGAGAAUUAGUGCACUCCCUCUCGGAUGAGCCAGAGAGAAGGGAGUUUAACCCAGAGGCAGCAGCCAUUCAGCCCUACCAGGACCAGACCUACCAGUCAGUCUACUUUGUAUCUGAGAGCUUUGCCGAUGCUAAGGAGAAACUCAGGACAUAUGUUGCUGGGAUCAAGAGGCCUUUCUCCGUGAGGUUUGACCCCUACACCAACAGCAUAGAGGCACUGGACAACCCACUAAAGAUCCGGGCCGGACUGGAGUCAUUGAAGGACGAGCUGAAGGUGCUAACAGAUGCACUGAACGUGCUUGCGUAGGCAGUCAAAA